AAAAAGGUUUUGCCCUAAGUUUGUCACCCCUGCGGCCCUGCCACCGACCCCAGCCCGUAUCCCUUCCCCUCGCCCUCUUCCCUUCCGGCCGCUCGCGGAACGCCAUCGGAAGCCCCACAUCGAAGAUCGAAGAUCGGGUUCUUCACUCUUCAGAAAUCAGAACCCUCUUCCUCUUCCGCUUCCGCUUCCGCUUCCGCUUCCGCGGAUCCAACGAUUGGAUCAGCAAUCGGGGUUGGGGUUUUUGCAAUCCGAAAGGAAGCGAGGAGAUGUACCAAUGGCGGAAGUUCGAGUUCUUCGAGGAGAAAUCCGGCGGUAAGGGCUCAGUCCCCGGCGAGAUCGCCAGCGACAUCCGGUGCUGCUCUAGCGGGAGGGGCCGGAUAGCCGUCGGGUGCGGUGACGGCAGCGUCGCCCUCCUUGAUCGCAGCUUCAAGGUCUCCUAUGGAUUCCAAGCACAUGCCUCCUCCGUCCUCUUCGUCCAACAGCUCAAGCAAAAAAAUUGCCUAGUGACCAUAGGAGAUGAUGAUCAGAUGUCUUCCCAGCCAUCUUCAGUUUGUUUAAAGCUUUUUGACCUCGACAAGGUGCAAGAAGAGGGUUCAAGCUCGGCAGCUCCUUUUUGUGUCCAAAUAUUGCGGAUAUUCACCAACCAAUUUCCUGAGGCCAAGAUUACAUCAUUUUUAGUUCUCGAGGAAGCUCCUCCGAUAUUACUUAUAGCCAUUGGCUUAGAUUCCGGUUCCAUUUAUUGCAUCAAAGGUGAUAUUGCACGAGAGCGUAUUACACGCUUCAAGCUGCAGGUUGAGGCAGUUUCAGACAGUAUUAAUGCUAUUACUGGUCUUGCUUUCCGAGCUGAGGGUAGAACUCUUCAGCUCUUUGCAGUCACUUCCUCUUCAGUGAGUUUGUUCAAUUUACAUGAUCAACCACCAAAGAGGCAGACCCUUGAUCAAAUUGGUUGUGAGGUUAAUGCUGUUGCAAUGAGUGACCGCCAGGAUCUGAUCAUCGGUCGACCUGAAGCUGUGUACUUCUAUGAUGUUGAUGGGAGAGGUCCUUGUUGGGCUUUUGAUGGUGAGAAAAAAUUUCUAGGAUGGUUUCGUGGGUAUUUACUAUGUGUUAUUGGAGAUCAAAGGACUGGUAAGAACACUUUCAACAUCUAUGAUCUGAAAAACCGGUUAAUUGCCCAUAGCAUGUCUAUCGGGGAGGUUUCGCACUUGUUUUGUGAGUGGGGCUAUAUUAUUUUAAUAAUGGCAGACAAAAAGGUCCUCUGCAUAGGAGAGAAAGAUAUGGAAAGUAAGCUGGAUAUGUUGUUCAAGAAGAAUCUAUAUACUGUUGCCAUAAAUCUCGUUCAAAGUCAGCAAGCUGAUGCUGCAGCUACUGCUGAAGUGCUACGAAAAUAUGGCGACCAUUUAUAUAGUAAGCAAGAAUAUGACGAAGCUAUGUCCCAAUACAUUAACACAAUAGGACAUCUUGAACCAUCAUAUGUCAUCCAAAAAUUUUUGGAUGCACAACGUAUCCACAACCUCACAAAUUAUCUAGAAAAAUUACAUGAUCAUGGAUUUGCCUCUAAAGACCAUACUACUCUUCUCUUAAACUGCUACACCAAAUUGAAAGAUGUGGAGAAACUAAACAAAUUCAUCAAAGAUGAAGAUGGUGCCGGUGAGCAUAAGUUUGAUGAGGAAACUGCAAUAAGAGUAUGUCGGGCUGCUGGAUAUCAGGAACAUGCCAUGUUUGUGGCUAAGAAGGCUGGGAAACAUGAGUUGUAUUUGAAGAUUCUACUAGAGGAUCUUGGUAGGUACAAUGAGGCCUUACAAUAUAUAUCAAGCCUCGAGUCUAACCAAGCUGGUGUUACCGUGAAAGAGUAUGGAAAGAUUCUUGUAGAGCACAAGCCGGCUGAAACUGUUGAAAUACUGUUGAAUCUUUGCACCAGUGAUGGGAAAUCUACAGCUGCGAGGGCUGCAAAUGGGAUGGACUUACUUAUGCUUCCUUCACCCAUGGAUUUUGUCAAUAUUUUCGUACACAACCCGCAAUUUCUCAUGGAGUUUCUAGAAAAGUAUAUCAACAAGGUCAAGGAUUCACCCGCUCAAGUCGAAAUUCAUAACACACUUUUGGAGCUUUACCUAUCUCAUAACUUAAACUUUCCAUCAAUCUCCCAAGAAAAUGGUGUUGUAGAUCGUGAUCAUAAAGCGAGAAAUGGUAAGGAAGUUGGUAACGGGUAUAAAGCCGAUGGUAAAGCAAAAUUACCUGUUCAAAAUAAGGAUUCGAAGAAGGACAAGGAUUGUACUGAAAGACAGCGCAAGGGACUUGCACUGCUUAGGAGUGCAUGGACGUCUGAGAUGGAGCAACCUUUAUAUGACGUUGAUCUUGCUAUUAUUCUGUGUGAAAUGAAUGCAUUCAAGGAAGGGAUGUUGUUUCUGUAUGAAAAGAUGAAACUCUAUAAAGAGGUGAUUGCUUGCUAUAUGCAAUCCCAUGACCAUGAAGGUCUGAUUGCAUGCUGCAAAAAGCUAGGGGAUUCAUCACAAGGGGGUGAUCCAACUCUUUGGGGUGAUCUGCUGAAAUACUUUGGUGAGCUAGGAGAAGAUUGCUCGAAAGAAGUCAAGGAGGUCUUGACUUAUGUUGAGAGAGAUGAUAUUUUGCCUCCCAUUGUUGUACUACAAACCUUGUCAAAGAAUCCAUGCUUGACACUUUCUGUUGUCAAGGAUUAUAUUGCUCGAAAGCUUGAACAAGAAUCAAAGUUGAUUGAAGAUGACCGCAGAUCUAUUGAGAAAUACCAGGAAGAGACCGAGACAAUGAAAAAAGAGAUAGGCGACCUCAAGACCAACGCCAAAAUCUUUCAACUGAGCAAGUGUACAGCUUGCACAUUCACCCUUGAUCUCCCUGCAGUUCAUUUUAUGUGCAUGCACUCAUUCCACCUACGUUGCCUAGGGGACAAUGAGAAAGAGUGCCCAGAGUGUGCACCUGAGUACAGAUCCAUUCUGGAGACCAAGCGCAACUUAGAGCAAAAUGCCAGAGAUCAUGCUUUGUUUUUCCAGCUCCUGAAGGGUUCGAAGGAUGGGUUCUCCGUUAUUGCCGACUAUUUUAGUAAGGGCAUAGUUAGCAAAACUACAAUCCCGCCCCCAGAAAAUACUCAGUAGGCAAGUUGUUUCUCUUUUCUUCUCUUAGUGUUGGCUGGAUGUGAUGACCAAGAACGGAGUUAACAAUGAACUCAUUUGAGUUACCACUUGGGAGACUGUUGGUAAUGCUGUGAUUUGUUGGAGCUUUACUGGUGAUUUUUCUUUCUGCUGGAGAAAGUUUUUGAGGCUUUUGCUAUUGGUUGUUCCACCGUUGGUGCAGUUGAAGAUUUAGUAGCCUGGUGAACCAGAGGUAACAUGUAUAAGAGUCGCAAUUCUGAGUUGAAGACAAAGAGAUGUAUAUUUAUUUAUAACUAAUACGAGCAUAUGAAGAAAUCGUGAGAGGGCACAGUAGCAUCUUGAGGUACGAUCAAUGGCUCAAUUUUUUUAAUUUUUUGUGUGCCAAUAAACACCUUAAAGUGUGCACUUCUUUGCUCUUUUGUAAUUGUCUGAAUUUAUGCUUUUCUUGUGUAAAUUAAAUGACUCAGCUGAUCUGAGGUCUCUGAUGCUUCAAUAAUAUGUGCUACGAGUAUAGUAGGCUUUCCGUGUUUUCGUCAGAUCUCUGAUAUGUAUAGUAAUUCUACAUAUGCUGUUUAUAAGUUGUUGAUGUAUGUAGCAAACUGGAUAAUAUUUUGUCGGAGCAUAGUUGGUGCAGUUUGCUUGUAAAUUGAAUGAAUGUGCUGAUCUGAGCUCUUUGAUGCUUGGUGAUAUUUUUGUA